GAGACCGUAGAAGAAGAAAUGACUUCCGGUUAAAAACACAAACACACGUGAGGAAAAAACCCUCUGAAGCGACCCGUCAUGACGAGGUGGGCCAGAGCCAACAACGUCCACAAACACAAACCAGCCGAGGCGACGCCCUGGAGUCAGCUGAGAGGACGAGGAGGAGGUCGAGGAGGACGAGGAGGAGGAGGAGCUCAUGGAGGUCCUGGAGGUCAGAGGGACCCUCUGAGGAGAACACAACCCGACGGUUCCUCUGUGAAGAAGCCGAACCGUAAGAAGAAGGAGUACGUGGACGAGGAUGUGAACGGCUUCCUGCAGUACCUGCAGCAGAGCGGCCGGUCGCUGCCUUCAGGAGGGACGACGGCCGACAAGGAGCUCCGGCAGGACGUGGAGGUGGCGCUGAAGAAGGACCGGAGGAGGGAGGACAGAAGGUUAAAGAGGCAGAACGACAAGAAGAACAAGAUGCUCUGCUUCAACUGCAGGAAGCCCGGUCACGGUCUGGCCGACUGUCCGGAGGCCGAGCGGGACGAGGAAAUGGGUCGAGACAUCUGCUACCGCUGCGGAUCCACAGAACACGAGAUCCACAAGUGCCGAGCCAAAGUGGACCCGGCGAUGGGUGAAUAUCCGUUCGCCAAGUGCUUCAUCUGCGGCCAGACGGGUCAUCUGUCCCGGUCCUGCCCCGACAACCCCAAAGGACUCUACGCUACAGGCGGCUGCUGUCGGGUUUGUGGUUCGGUGGAACAUUUUCAGAAGGACUGUCCAGAACAUCAGGCUGCCACCAACUCUGUGACGGUCGGCUGGUUGUCCAACAACAUGAGCGCCGACCACGAAGACGUCCACGUCCCGGUGACCAGAACCAAACCCAAGCAGGUCAAGGUGGUGAAGUUCUGAUCCGACGGACCGGACCGGACUCGUGAUCGGACCGAUUGACCCUCGUUAACAGGCCGAGGAACGUCGUGUUUGUGUGUAAAAAAAAAAAUAAAACUCUGUUAAUAAAGAAUUUAUAUGAAAACAGAAA